AUGUAUGUACCCAUUUUAGGCACACUUAAGUCCAUUUUCCAAAAUGAUGAGAUAAGAGAAUGUUUUUUGCAAGAGAAACACAGUCAAAAGGGAACAUAUAAAGACAUCAAUGAUGGGUUAUAUUUCCAAAACCAUCCUCUUUUUUCUCAAAAGCGGCAUGCUCUACAGAUUUUGCUUUACUAUGAUGACUUUGAAACAGCAAACCCAUUAGGUUCUAAGAAGGGUGUCCAUAAACUUGGAUGUGUUUAUUUUACUUUAAAAAACCUCCCACCAAAAGUAAACUCUGUGUUAAUGAAUGUGCAUCUUGCAGCUCUUUUUUAUACAUCAGAUUUAAAGAAAUAUGGUUUUGAUGAAAUAUUUAAGCCUCUAAUUGAAGAUUUAAAAAUUUUAGAGACAAGAGGAAUCAGAAUUCCAUGUAUUGAAGAACCACUGUUUGGAUCUGUAAUUCAAGUGACGGGAGAUAAUCUUGCUUUAAAUGGCAUUUUAGGGUUUGUUGAGUCUUUCAGUGCAACACACUGUUGUAGGUUUUGUCUGAUAAGUAAGGGAGAAAUUCAGUCGAUAUUUAAUGAGGAUGAUCCUGGACUUGUUCUGCGCUCCAGAGCGCUUCACAUUGAACAUUGUAAUGCACUAAGUGAAGAACCUGCUCUACCCUCUGUUUAUGGUGUUAAAAAGUCAUGUGUGCUCAAUACAUUAGAGUAUUUUCACAACACUGAUAAUUAUGCUGUUGAUAUAAUGCAUGAUUUGUUAGAGGGUGUUGUACAAUAUGAGCUUAAGUUGUUUUUUCAGUACCUGAUAAAAAAUGGCUACAUUUCUUUGAACAGUAUUUCAGACAGGAUGCAUAGUUUUAAUUUUGGUUUUACAGAACGUAAGAACAAACCAAGUGGGUUGAAAAUUGAUGACAACAGCAAGCACUUAGGUUUAAAUGCCAUUCAGUCAUGGUGUGUUCUCCGCAAUACCCCACUUAUCUUUGGUGAUGUGGUUGAAAUGGGCAACAGUCAUUGGAACCUUGUGCUCCUGUUAUUACAAAUUGUUAACAUCGUGUUCUCCCCAUUCCUUACUGAUGGCAUGAUAUGUUACCUAAAACAUUUGAUUUGUGAUCACCAUAACUUGUUUAAAACUUUGUACCCUGAUAAGAAAUUGAUCCCAAAACACCACUUAAUGAUCCAUUAUCCGAGAUGUAUUAAAAAAAUUGGCCCUUUAAUCCAUAUGUGGUGCAUGCGAUUUGAGGCAAAACAUUAUUUUUUUAAAAAGUCUGUAAAGAAUUUCAAAAAUCUUACAAAAUCUCUAGUAAAACAACACCAGCGUCAAUUGGCUUUUUACUAUGAAAAUUAUUGUUUUAGGAGGUUUGAGAUUGGUCCUGUGAAAAUGAAAACAAUUGAUGGCAUGGAAUGUGGAGAAACACUGUGUCGAAUACUAAAAUUAGAUUCAUAUUCAGAUAUUUCAACUACAAAUUGGGUUAGAAAUUAUGGCACAGAAUACCAGAUUGGUUUAUUUAUAGCCACUGAAACAUCCCAUGAUCUACCUGUGUUCAAGAAAAUAUGCCGCAUUAUAAUACAUGAACAGCAUGCAUUCAUAAUAGGUUGUACAGUUGAUACUUUGUACUUUGAUGAACACUUGCAUGCAUUCUGUAUAGAGGAACAAAAUGAUGACUAUGUAGUGAUAUGCAUUGACCAGCUUACUUAUUUCAGACCCUUUGAUAAACAAUACUCUAUGUAAAUAUGUUAAUGUGGUGCAUGAAUUAAAA